AUGGAGGCUAGAAACGCCGCGGGUCGCCGCGUGUCACUGCUCAACGACGACAGUAUUCGCUACGAAAAGACUCAGCUUCACCCCCACCAACAACAACAGCAACACCACCACCAUAUUGGCUUCCAACCAUGUCGUCCAUAUCCCAGCCCACGCAGCAACUCGUCAUCACCCAACACCCCGGAGCUGCUUCGUUCGGAUUCUUACGACUCUCAGAUGAGCAAUGAUCCCAUUUCGCCUUUAACGCCUUCGGCCGACUAUGCGUAUCCAAGAGCAUCCCUGUAUGCCGCCGAGCUCCCUUCCAAGCGGCCCGCCUACGUCGAUAGCAGCCGGUCAACCUCGUAUGAAGAUGACACUCCCGCUCCUUCUGCACCGCCGCCCGCAGACCGUCCUGGCAAGCGAUAUCCUUGCCGAUAUAGAGAUUCUCAUGGUUGCAAGAAGACCUUCACUACGUCUGGCCACGCAUCGCGGCACUCAAAGAUUCACACUGCCGAGAAGGCCGUUCAGUGUACAUAUCCCGGCUGCCAAAAGAAGUUUACCCGCGCCGACAACAUGAAACAGCACUUGGAAACCCACUACAAGGACAAGAGCCGAUCAUCAGCCAGCCAGCGUGCGCAAAAGGCCGCCCUUGCUGAAGCACGCCGCAAUUCAUCCGCCGGUCGCAGCCGCUCCUCUACCUCAACGACCACAACUAGCAGUGUGGGCAGCCGUGAGGCUAUGCAGUGGGAGUCGGAUGUUUAUGCCUCUUCUGCACAGCCUAUGGCCUCACCAAGCACCAGCUCAUGGGAACUCCGCACCCACAAUCUUCCCCUGUUGAACCGUCCUGCAAUCGCCAGGUCACCGAGCAGCGGCCUCGACGCCCUGGCCAUGGCAGUCGCUUGCCAGGAGGGCAGCAGGAGGCAAUAA